UCGUUUCCGCUCGUGGUCCGUUAUCUCCUGGUCGUGAUGAGCUACGACAGAGAAUAGCCGAGUUGGAACAGAAAGACGCAGAUACCAGAAUCGAAAACGACAAACUGCAGACCGCAGUGGAAACACUGGAACGUGCCAACGAAGAGCACGUAGCAAUCAUAGACCAACUGCGGUUAGAAGGUAGUGAUAAAAGCGCAAAGUUGAGGAGCGACUACGAAGCGCAGCUAGCUGAGAAAGAAAACCGAUUACAGGAUUUGCUGUUUCAGGUUGGCGAGCAGGCGAAGGCCGCUUUGGAGGAUCCUUCGAGACGAGUAGGCAGUGAUGAGGAAGAAGCAAACCGGAAGAAGGAAUUCGAAGACCUAGAGGAGCAAUUGCGCGACGCCGAUGAGCGCAUUGCUUUUCUUGAGGAGCGUGAACGCACCUUGUCCGCUGACCUGGACAACGAACGCGCAGCUCAUCGAGAGGAUAUGCUCAGACUCGAAAAUGAUGUGGAGACCUUGAACAUGGAGUUGGAGCAGCAACGAAGGAAAGGACAGGAGAUUGAUCUGACAGGAGGAGUAGGGACGCCCUUUCAACAUGCGCCAGGAAUUUCCGCAGACUCACCAGCUACUGCAUCAACGAAGGACCAGACCCCGGCCGACGACCACGAAGCCAUGGUUCGACAGUAUCAGCGGAAAGUUUCAGACCUAGAAGAGGAGAUCCAACGAGGAAAGGAUAGGUUAGCCAAGGCAGAGACUGACUUCGAAACCGCAAAGGGUCAACUAGAAGCUGAGUAUCUAGCAAAGAUGCAAGCUCUGCAACAGAUAACAACCGCAAGAACUCACUCUCUAGAUGAACAACCACCUUCGAGCACGGCCACGGACCCGCGUGCACAUGCGGAAAAUGACAUCAACAUCGACAAUGGCCUUGAACAGCCACAGGCUACUAGAAAUGCCUCAACUUCUUCGAGAAAAAGUGGAGCUUUUGCGCUGCUAGACGAAGACUCGUCUGCGACGCCGUCUCAAGCUUCUACUUUGAGGACUAAUACACCACGUGAGGCGGGUCAUGGUGCAGUAGCAGGUGAAGACAACUACGUUUUCGGAGCUAGUAGCCGCGACGUCCAGGAUUUGAUGUUCCAGGAAGAGAUCUCCCAAAAGCAGAGGCAAAUCAUCGACUUGCAAGUGCAGACACAAGAGUUGCGCAACGAACUGCACGAAAAAGAAGAAACACUUCGAGAAAACGAAGCGACGUAUAUGACGGAGUUGCAGGAACUGAUCCAGAAAAACGCCGCGGACAGAUCCGCAAUAGAGCGCGAAUUCGAAGCGAAGAUAGGACUUCUUACGAGUAAUGUGAAAAUAAAGUCGGACGAGAUAGAGCAAGCGGAGGAGCGACUGUUCAAGCAGAGUGAGGAGAUCGUGAAGCUCAAAUUGAGUUUGGAAGAAGCGAAGGAAGCUCUAGGAAAAGAGAGUUUCAUGGUUGGAGACGCUCUUUCUAUGACGGUCGACGAAAGCAGUAUUUUGAUGAGUCGGAUGACGAGGGGCGGGAACAACAAGACCGGUAAUAGUUUUCUUGGAGGUGGAGGCGCGCUUUAUCCUCCUUCUGGAGAAGGCGAGCAGGCUGCCACGAGGAUUGAAGCAGGUGUACUAGGUGGUGAUCCUGUGCCUCAAGUACAAAUAAUUAGCGCAACUGACGAUGCAGAAGGGGGAACGGAGUCCUCCGAAGUAAGAAAGGGCACUAGCAACGAUGUUCUAGAGUCCAGUCAACCAAUCAGUUCGCAGAGAUCUAAGGAGAUGAAUGGCGGUAGUCCCGACAUUGUAUCUUCCGGAACACCGACGUCUGGCGGCAAGGCGUCGUCUGUCCAAGGAUCAGGUCGCAAGUUCCUCUCCAUCGAUACUGGCGCAGCAGGUCCACGGUUUCGACCGCCACCGCGACCCCUGGGCUCUCCUCGGAGUGCGGGUCCUUCGCCUAGAACACCAAAGUACAAUGCUGAUCGAUUGGCGUUCGAACGCAUGUGCGCGGACAUGGGUAUUGUCACGAGCCGCUCAGCCUCACCCGCACACUCAGCACGACCGGUUGGAAUUGCGGAAGAUGAUGUUCUUAUGGACUAGACGCAACCAAUGACCCAAUGACUUCGAUAUUUUAGAGUAGUUUAUAGAACGGAUGUAGGAUGGACUUGGAUGGAUCGGAUGGACCCCCCUGAUUCUUCCGAUCCUACUUGAAAUGGUGGGAAUUUAAUAACACGAAGACGAAGAGACCCUAGACUGCUCAGCUGAUCCACCGCAUUGAAGCCGCGGAUUGGGUGCCUGCCAUUCGUGCCAACCGUUCCAUUCGUGCCAUGCCAACCGGCCCCCAGAAGCCUUAUCAGCUCUUCUCUUAGUACUUACUUGAUGCUCACUCUUCUAAGAACCUGCUGACCUCUGGCCCUGGUAUUGGACUAGACACAACCGAUGACCCAAUGACGCAGCAUCUGUUAGGAGCUACAGCAGCAUCUUCGAGUACACGUCCGCGAGGUGCUGAAGAAGGAGAAACAGGAGUGAGUACUCACGUGAAGACUCAGGAGGAUGGAGGCAUUGCUGGUGGACUUGCUGACUCAAGUGGAGCAAGUAGUCCGUUGUUGUGGUACUAUUACAAGAAAAAUUCCCUGACCCAGGGUUCAGCGGUGUGCGGUCCUUUUUUGAAAGAGGAGAUGCGCGCAAUCCGAAUGAAGGAGGAGGAUUUUUACUUAUGGUGGUUACUGUAACUUUUUUUUUCGCGCAAUCCGAAUGAAGGAGGAGGAUUUUUACUUAUGGUGGUUACUGUAACUUUUUUUUUCGCGCAAUCCGAAUGAAGGAGGAGGAUUUUUACUUAUGAGAGUGGGAGUUGACCUUAAGCACCCCUUCUGGUUCUAAUUCAUCUCUGUGCUCAAUGAUCAGGGAUUUCUAGUUGUGGUUUUGAAGCUCUCUAUUAUACAUACACUUGUUAUGGCUAGCUUGUUUUUAUUGCUUGUCCUUUUCGUCAUCCGAUUCCUCCAAACGCAUAGAACAUCCUUCUGUCGUCAAGCGGAUGCCCCUGUUCACUUUCUACUUCCCGUUCUCUGUAAAAGAGUCCGAACCUUCGGCAUUACCUCUAAUCUACAAUCGAGACACGAUGGUAAAAACAUCUCGUCACGGAACCACUUGGGUUCCUCUUACUACAGUUUUUCCCGCUACCGAAAGCUACCAAAAUGCUUUCAAAAGCGACACUCAGGAUGCGAUGUCAGUGGAACUUGGUGCCGCGGCAGCAGAGCUCGUGUCUUCGUCGGCAGAGUCUGCUAGUGGAGGACCUUCGAACGCUGCCCUUCUCGAUCCUAGAGCUGACCUCAUAUCGGAGAGCUCAGUGACGGAAAUUGGACAAGCCUUCCAACAAAUCGAGGUUUUGGAAAAACGAGUCUUGGCUCAAAAUGCUGCUCUAGUGCAAGCGAAACGAGUGGUAGCGCAGCAUGAAGAGAGAAUACGGCAGAAGAAUAUGGAGCUGAGUACGGUUGGAGCGAAAUUGCAGCAAAGUAAGAAAGUUCAUCUCGACAUACUUCUUACACUUCAUCAUAGAUGAUUUAGAUGCAUGAUAGUGAUGAUGUGCCAGACCAGUAGUUCCUUCUUAUGACGAGAAGAACAAUGACGAGCUACAACAAUAAUAAUACAGGACAAUCAUGAACAAGACGAUAAGGAUAAUCGUAAUCCCCACUUUUCCUACUCUUUUAUAAACCACCAGGUAAAGAGGUCCAACGCAACAGCGUCGACUAUGCUGGAGGGAACAAGCUGCUUGAUGACUCUGUACAUACGAGCACCGAUGAGGGGUCUUUGUCCUCGUCGUCAAUCCUGAGCGAGGCCUCAUCGGAUGAAGUCCUGCAGAUGUUUGUCUCAACACAGGCGAAGUUGGAGAAGAUCAUCGCAGAAGACGCCAGUUGUCCAGAAGAUGAGGCGAGAGUGAUGCUACUCGGGGAUGUCAUCGCAGCACUGAAAACGAAACUCGCGAUGAGCGGACAGCCUGUGCCGCUUGACGACAGGAGUACAGGGCCUAACCAUGAUGCUGGAGUUGCAAACACGUCUCCUCAUGAUGAAGAAGACGUUGCUUCUCCAAUGUUGUAGUGUCCCAUCUGCAUCUACACCAUCAUUGAAUGCUAACGACUUAAGUAAGUAGAUGAGAAUGCCAGAAGAGUAUCUAGUACUAUGCGCGUACUUCGCUACUUGAAAAUUUUACUCAACAAUCAACACCAUUAUUUUUUUUAGGAUUUGUAGAUUACAACAUCCAAACAAGUUUACUUCGGGAAUACGCUAUGAUAAUUACAUUGAUUUACAUCAAGAAUUGAAAUUGUGGAUAUUGAGACGUCACCUCGCGACGCCGACAUAGUAGUACGCGUUCAAAAUUAGUGAAAAAUGUUAGGAACAUG